AAGUUAGAAAUAAACAAUGGAAAAAAGAUGCGAAUUAAACUUUUAAAGAGUGCUUGCCGGAUUGAGGAGUAGAGACAACGCGCUAUAAUAUAUAAUACAGAUGUCGACGACAUCCCGACCCCCAAGUGUACCGUUUGAUUACAACUGGCACGAAAAUGCCGAGUGCCUGACGUUAGAUUUUGGGCCAUACGAAACUGUUCACAGUUGGAAAAGGUUACCAGAAUGUGACGAAUUUGUAGGAGCAAGGAGGAGUAAGCACACUGUUGUUCCAUACAAGGACGCGAUAUACGUCUUUGGCGGUGACAAUGGCAAGAACAUGCUCAACGAUCUACUGCGAUACGGUAUUAAGGACAAGUCGUGGGGCAGAGCGUUUACAUCCGGUGUGCCCCCCGCACCCCGCUACCACCACUCUGCUGUCGUCUUCAAAGGAAGCAUGUUCAUAUUUGGCGGUUACACUGGGGACAUUCAUUCCAAUUCCAACCUCACCAACAAGAACGAUAUGUUUGAAUACAAGUUUGCUACAGGGCAAUGGGUGGAAUGGAAAUUUGACCACAGGCAGCGCCUCCCGGUGGCGAGAUCGGCACACGGAGCAGCAGUUUAUGACGAAAAGUUGUGGAUAUUUGCCGGCUACGACGGAAACGCUCGUCUCAACGACAUGUGGACCAUACCGCUACGCGGAAACUCCAAUACGUGGGAAGAGGUUCCUCAGUCGGGAGACAGCCCGCCGACGUGCUGUAACUUUCCCGUGGCAGUCGCACGAGACAGCAUGUUCGUGUUCUCCGGACAGAGCGGUGCGAAGAUCACAAACAACCUGUUCCAGUUCCACUUCAAAAGCCUCAAGUGGACGCGGAUAUCAACUGAGCACAUUCUGCGGAGCGCACCACCUCCUCCAACGCGCCGCUACGGUCACACGAUGGUCGCGUUUGACCGCCACUUGUUUGUCUUCGGAGGAACUGCGGAUAACACCCUGCCUAACGAGUUGCAUUGUUUUGAUCUGGACUCGCAGACGUGGUCAGUGAUCCAGCCAUCUCCGGAUAGUCAGAUCCCAUCCGGUCGCCUGUUCCACGCGGCUGCUGUCGUCGGCGACGCCACCUACAUCUUCGGGGGAACCGUCGACAACAACGUGCGGAGCGGGGAGAUGUAUCGAUUCCAGUUUUCGUCUUACCCAAAGUGCACUCUGCAUGUUGACUUUGGGAGGCUGCUGGAUAAUCGUCAAUUCUGUGAUAUAGACUUCAUUAUUGGCAAGGAUACGGUUGUUGUCAUCCCUGCCCACACUUCCAUGGUAGCAGCAAGGUCUCAGUGGCUGCGCCAGAAGAUUCGACAGGCUAGAGAAAGAGCCAAGGAACAGCCGGAGGAGGUGGAUGAACAUGGCCGCAAGGUGGCGAAGCGUCUGCAGGUACAUCUGAAGGAUUCCGACGCCGAGGCAUUCGAUCUCGUGCUCUUCUACAUCUACACGGAUCGCAUCGACCCCACGAAGGAAGGUCUGGAUCCGGGCAGCAACAAGGUGAUCCUGAUGAUGAUGGACGUGUACCGGCUCGCUCUGCAGUUCCACAUGUCACAAAUGGACAGAGGCAGGCUGUGCAUCCAUACCCCCUCGAGGCGAUCCCGGUAACCGUUUCAUGCAAGCAACGUGCCUCCGUCGGCCCCUGAGAACGCCUGCCGACUGAAGCUCGACUUUAUAAAGGAGUACUGCCUGCGCUUCAUCGUCAAGGAGAGCAACUACAAUCAGAUCAUCAUGAGCAAGGAGUUUGAGACACUCGACCAGUCAAUCAUGGUGACCAUCAUCCGCCGCAAGCAGCUUCCCGCCGUCCGACCCCUCGUCGAACCACAGUUCGAGCUGGUGCCGGCCGCGCACGAAGGAAUGUCAUUGGAGCACGACAUGGUGAAUUUUCUGCGCGGCAUCGGCCGGGAAUUCUGCGACAUCACGCUGAUGUUGGAUGGGAUACCGAUUCCGGCGCACAAGGCGAUCCUCGCGGCUCGCUGCAGCUACUUUGAGGCGAUGUUCCGCUCGUUCAUGCCCGAGGACGGCAAGGUCGUGAUUGCCAUUGGGGAGAUGAUUCCUUCGAGGCAGUCGUUUGACUCACUGCUCCGCUACCUGUAUUACGGUGACGUCAGCAUGCCACCAGAGGACUCUCUCUACCUGUUUUCGGCACCGUAUUUCUACGGAUUUGCCAACAACAGGCUGCAGGCUUACUGCAAACAGAACCUGGAGCGAAACGUCACCUUCGAAAAUGUUGUUCAGAUACUUGAAGCAGCAGAUAGAAUUCAAGCCAUGGACAUGAAGAAACAUGCCCUGGACAUUAUAGUCAAACAUUUCCCAAAGGUGGCGCGCCUGCCGCGCAUACGAUCGCUGAGUCGCGAACUGCUGCUGGACAUACUGGACGCUCUGGCAGACGACCGCUCAGACUUCAAGUACUUCUCUGACCAGCCGGCCGACGUCUACCACAGUCCCAACCACUGUUUUUACUCGCAGAAGUUACAGUCGUUUACAGUUAGGUUAGCAAAGCCAGACCAGUUGACAACAGCAGAGGAGUGUGGCUCCCAAUUUCUGACAAUGAAAACGUUGUCUAUAGUUGUGUUUUUCGCUUUCGUUGGUGCAGCAAUUGCAUUUCAAAGGGUGAAACUGCAUCGUGUGCAGACGGCGCGUCGUUCCCUGCAGGCGCUUGGCACCCACAAAGCACUCCUCUCAUCCCUCAACAACAAGUACAAGCAGGAGUCAGUGAACGGGCCGAUACCGGAGCCGCUGUCAAAUUAUCUAGAUGCGCAGUACUAUGGCUUGAUAGGCAUCGGAACGCCACCCCAGCCAUUCAAGGUUGUGUUUGAUACUGGAUCCUCAAACUUGUGGGUGCCAUCGAAGAAGUGUAAAUGGAGCGACGUUGCAUGCUGGCUUCACAACAAGUAUGACAGUACCAAGUCCAGCACCUACAAGGCUAACGGCACCAAGUUUGAGAUUCAAUAUGGGUCGGGUAGCCUUUCAGGAUUCCUCAGUUCUGAUAAUCUACACUUUGGUAGUGUCACAGUCAAGCAGCAGGUAUUUGCUGAGGCGACGAAACAGCCUGGCGUGACGUUUGUCGCAGCAAAAUUUGAUGGCAUCCUCGGACUGGGUUACAGCAGGAUCGCCAUAGACAGUGUCCCACCGGUCUUCUACAACAUGUGGCAGCAGAAACUCGUACCUGAACCAAUCUUCUCCUUCUACCUGAAUAGGAAUCCAAAUGCCAGUGUUGGCGGUGAACUGAUAUUGGGAGGAAGCGACCCCAAAUACUACAAGGGCAACUUCACUUAUGUUCCCGUCACCAAGAAAGGAUAUUGGCAAAUCAAAAUGGAUGGAGUGAAGGUCGGAGGCAAGGGUGGGUUCUGUAAAGGAGGAUGUCAGGCGAUCGCGGACUCUGGAACCUCCUUGCUGGCUGGGCCGUCCGCAGAGAUCAAGCAGCUAAACGAAGCCAUCGGGGCAACACCGCUAAUGGCGGGAGAGUACAUGAUUGACUGCAAGAAGAUUCCAACACUUCCUGACAUUACAUUUACCUUGGGUGGCAAAGACUUUAUGUUGAAGGGCAGGGACUAUGUACUCGCUGUGACAACCUUUGGGCAGACAAUGUGUGUGAGUGGCUUCAUGGGUUUGGACGUUCCGCCACCGAUGGGACCAAUCUGGAUCCUCGGUGACAUCUUCAUCGGGCAAUACUACACAGAGUUCGACCAGGGAAGAGACAGGGUUGGGUUCGCUACGGCUGUAUAGAUGUGAUCCUGAAGCAUCCAUCUACGCUCGCGUUGCAGUGGCGAGUCUAAACGUACGAGCGUUACGACGUGCACAAAAUUGUUCUGGCAUCAAACGAAACCAAGUUUCAUGUAGCAUUAACACGAUUUCACGGUUUACAUGUUUUUCACAAAAUAUACACAUGCAAGAUUUAUUACAACGAUUACGAAUUGCGUGGCACACUUGUGCAGAUAUAUAUUGCAAUUGUUUCACUGUGUGAUAGAAUAUCUUGCCCUUCAACAUGCAGUGAUGAAGUAGGUGUGACAUGCUUGGCUGUAAGUCUGCUAGACAGAUGUGAUGAGGCGCAGCUAAUAGAUUAAGUCUAUGACUCAGAAAAUAUCUAUACUGGUAAUCGGUUACAAUUCAUAUGUAGUUGGAGCAUAAUAGAUGGCAUUAACGUCUGUAUUUGGGUAGGAAGUUGACAAAUAGAUACUGUAAUUACUUGCAGCACACAGAUUACAGAUUGGUGUGUACUUAAGGUGUUAUAAAUCCACCGAAAACUGGCUUUGUAGAUCUUCUAAUAGGCAGGGAGUUGCUAUGUAAAAGUUGUUACUGUCUAGGUUCCACAUAUUACUGCUAGUUAUUGCACUACACUUUUCACAUUAUUUGAAGAACACUGAAAGUUAAAACUAGACCUUACAUAGUCACAACUUUUGUAGCUUUGGUAAAAUGUUGAAAUUAUUGAGACUUGCCUCACCAGAUAUUUGUUUGUCAAUUGCCAGCUAUGGUGCAAUAACAUACUUACGCCUAUUUCCGGUGAAAUGAUGUAUUACAGAGAUCUUAUCUGUAUGAAAUGGGUAUUUUCCAUUUAUGACGUGGAUGAAACUAUUUUUUUUGUGCACAAUUUAAUACUUUGUUGAUUUAAAGAUCAAAGACUCAACUGUGUUAUGUGGAGUUCUAGCAUGUGUAUAGUAAGUUGUACAUUCUUUAUUUUCUAAUAAAUAUGAUAUGCACUGACCGUCACAGUGGAUGCUUAACAGUCUGA